UCCUGGUUUGGUACUUUGCAGGAGCAAACUCCAAGCCUCAUUGGCUUUCGCACUUGAUCGGCGUCCUGAUAGACACUGAAUGGUGGUGAAUGACAAGACCUUUAGUCCUGCUGUACGCGAUAACGCCGCAAGUGGUAUGCCGGUAUCUGCGCCCAUAAUGGAAAGAGAGACUGUAGGUCGAUAUCUCUCGAGAGGCUGUCGCCACGAUACUAUUAAAUGCUUGUGAUCGCCAGAAAUUGCGGAUUGUCAGUUGAACAGACCACCCCUCCAAAGUACGUUGAUCGCAACCCGUUCUUGGAUCAGUCGGAGCAAUCAUGGCACACGCAGAGAGGGACGUCGUCCCUGGCACCAUUCAUCUUGUCGACAUCCAGAAGGAUCACACCAAGAAACAUGAUAUCGUGCUGAACCCCAAGCCUAGUGCGGACCCGGAAGAUCCGUUGAACUGGUCCAAAAAGCGGAAGUGGUGGGCAAUCAGCCAGGCAUAUAUCUAUAUCUUGGGAAUUGGAAUGAGCACCACGGUGCAAUAUUCGAUCUUGACCAAUAUUGGCGAAGCGACCAACAUCUCAAUUGCCGACAUCAACACCGGCACCGGCUUGCAAUUCUUGUUUGCUGGUUGGGGGUGUUUGCUCUGGCAACCGAUCGCACUUACCUAUGGCCGUCGAGGAGUAUAUAUCCUCAGCAGCUUGUUGGCCAUUGGACCCAUGGUGUGGACAGUGUAUACGUCCUCUCGAGGCGUAUGGUGGGCCCACCGAAGCUUGCUCGGCCUCAUCGUGGCUCCUGUUGAGUCUCUGGGUGAAAUCUCCGUGUCUGAUCUGUUCUUCGCCCACGAGCGCGGCAACUAUAUGGGUAUUUAUACCUUGCUCGUGUUUGGCUCCAACGCGUUGGCACCGUUUUUGGCCGGUUUCGUCACCCAAAGCAUGGGAUGGGAGGCUGCAAUCUGGUUCGGCACCAUCAUUCUCGGCGUCUGCUUGAUCAUCAACUUCUUCUGUUUGGAAGAAACUAUGUAUUUCCGUCAGACGAUCGAGGGUAUCGACGAGGGUGCCGCGGAGGUGGUCACUGGCGUGGACACCCUAGGAGAAAAACACGAGAAGACCGAUACUGUCGCCAAGAAUGAACCUUUACAGACUCCAGCAUCGCCGGUUGCUACGCGCGGGCAACACUGGGUUCAGCCACGAACAUAUCUGCAAGGUUUGGCGCUUUUCAGAAGGAUGGAAGGGCGUCCCUCGGUCAGACAGAUGUUCAUCAUGAUGGGUCGACCUCUGUGGAUGUUUUUCUAUUUUCCCAACGUGAUCUGGUCCGGCUUCCUGUACGGCGCUUCCCUGUCCUGGUACAAUGUGCAAAACGCGACGUUGGCUCUGAUCCUGGGUGCUGCUCCGUAUAACUUCGGAUCAAGCAUGGUCGGCACCGCGUAUCUGUCACCACUGAUUGGGUGCUGCCUAGCUUGGUGGUGGGCAGGGUGGGCCGGCGACGAGAUCGCAAUCAGGCUUGCCAGGCGCAAUGGAGGCAUUCGCGAACCCGAACAACGACUUUGGCUCCUGGCAUUCUCUGGUACCAUCGCAACAGCAGGAUUGAUCCUCUGGGGUGUGGGUGCCGCCCAUCACGUCCAGUUCAUGGGUCCGAUCAUUGGACUGGGAAUGACCAGCUUUGGAAUUGUGUCCGGUGGAAGCACAUCACUUGCAUACGAUGUAGACUGCUUCAAGGAGAUUGCUGGAGAGUCAAUAGUCUUGGUUAUUGUUAUUCGCAACACGAUGGGCUUCGGGAUGAGUUAUGGUAUUACUCCAUGGCUGGACAAUACUGGAACUGUCAAAUGCUUUGUUGCAGUAGCAUUCCUCUGCCUCGCGUGCAAUCUCAGCUUUUUGAUCAUGACUUUCUGGGGCAAGAAGUUCCGAAAAAUGUCUGCAAACAAAUACUGGCAGUGCGUGGAUACGUUGGUCAUUCACUAG